AUGCUUAGGAAGAAAAGAAAGAUUGCGGUGAUCGUGGACAACUGUCCAGCUCAUCAGAAGAUAGCAGGCCUCAAAGCAGUUGAACUUGUAUUCCUGCCUCCGAAUACCACCUCAAACACACAGCCAAUGGAUCACGGAAUUAUACUAAACCUGAAAGUACACUACCUAAAGCGAGUCCUCCUUAAGUUCAUUAAGUCAAUCGACAGAGAUGAGACCCCGAACAUCAACGUACUUGACGCCCUCCAUUUGCUGAGCCAAGCCUUGAACUGCGUGACAUCGUCUACAGUCUCCAACUGCUUCGGACACGCUGGCUUUGCACAGCCCGACCCUGUACCCCCAGCUCCAGAGGAAGACGACGACUUUGACAACGACAAUGUCUAA